AUGCCCAACUUGAAGAGCACCAUCCUCGCCGGCGCCGUCGCUGUCGGCGUUGCCUCGGCCCAGGAGACUUGGACAAUGCAGAGAAUCAGCUAUCGAAUCCCGGCUGAAUUGGUUGGCGAUACGUGCCAUCCGGACGGCACCUAUUCCCUUGGAGUUGCGGGCCGACCCAUCCCCCCUUGCAUCGCGAAGCAGAUCAUCUCGACCAAGUGCGAGCAGAUCUCGGGAUUCCUGGACGACAAGGAGAAUAAAGUCAAGGCGUUGGUCUAUCAGAAUUGCCUCUUUGGCGAAGGAAGUUCCUACGAGAAAGACAUGGCAGGCUGCCUACGCUGCAAGCUUGACAGCGGCGUGUACUCCAAGGACGAGCACGACUUCUGGUCCGCUGCCCAACGUGAGGCCGUUGCCGAAUUCAAGCAAAACAUGACGGGCGGAUCGAAGGAAGAAGUCACAAAGCAUCCCGAUUCCUUCUGGGGAUCCGUUCUCGGCCAGAUCCAUUGGGAGCGAUAUCCGUCCUCGGGCACUAGGGGGGGAACGACCACGGGGAGUGCUUCAACGCCAGUAGACUACAUCCAAAACAUCGGGAGCGCCAAGUCUCCGAGCAAUCUCUCCCGCCGCGGCGGCCAUGCUGGCGAGCCACAUAAAAUGAAGCUGCAGAAAAUACGGGAGCGAUCUGGCGAGCUAAAGGUUUCCAUUCUCAGCACGCAUGGCAGCGUCAUCGGCAUCCAUGUGGCUUGA